AUGAAAAUUAUAUUAAUACUGGUUUUGGUAUUGGUUGUAUCAAUAAAUGCAUUAAAUAAUCAGUUUUUACAUAUUAGUGAUGUACAUUACAGUAGCGCAAUGAAUUCUUUAUUAUAUAAUGCCUCAGUAAUGUGUAUUGGACCAACAGUUACAAAAGAAUUUGAUCACAAAGAACAUGAAGAUUUAAUUGAAGACACAGAAAGAUUAAAUUUACCAACAAAUGGUUUAUAUGGAAGAUAUGGUUGUGAUACUAAUCAAUUAUUAUUAAGUGAAGUAAUUUCAGAAAUGUUAAACGUUAAUUCAAAUCCAGAUUUUAUUAUAUAUACUGGUGAUGGUGCAGGUCAUGGUUUACCAAAUGGACCAUGGAGUGAAUCACAAUCAACUUUAGCGAAAUCAUUGUAUGGAGCAUAUCCAAAUACACAAUUUAUUCCUACCAUUGGUAAUAAUGAUGUAUUUCCAGAUUACAAUUCACAAUGUAAUGAUUCAAAUUUACAAUUCUUAUAUGAAACAUGGGCUCAAUGGAUACCAACCAAUCAAGUAUCAUCAUUCCUUUAUAGAGGUUCAUUUGUUGUUUCACCAGUUUCAGGUUUAACGAUUAUCUCUUUAAAUACAAUUCUCUAUUCUGUAAAAAAUAAAAAUACAUUUUCAACUCCACAAGAUCCAUGUGGUCAAUUUGCUUGGUUAGAACAACAAUUAAUUGCUGCUAAACAAGCUGGUAAUUCUGUUUAUAUAAUUGGACAUAUAUUCCCAGGAUUAGAUCCAUUCUAUUUACAAGGAACAUGGAAAUCUCAAUAUCAAACAGCAUUUUUUAAUAUAACAUCAGAUUAUCAAACAACUAUUACAGCAGGAUUUUUUGGACAUAUUCAUAGGGAUGAAAUUAGAUCAAUUCAAUUUGAUAAUCCAAGUUUAACAAACAAUCAUUACUUCCCAAUGUUUAUUGGAUCGUCGAUCACUCCAGUUUAUUUCAACAAUCCAACCUUUAAACAAUUUACAUAUGAUAGUCAAUCAAAGAAUAUCACUGAUAUCACUGCCUACUUUUCAGAUGUUUACAUUUCAAAUUUAAAAGGUCAUAUGAAUUGGACUGAAGAGUAUGACUUCGUUUCAAUCUAUGACAUUGAUAAUCAAUAUGGUAUUGGUGGUGAUCAAUUAAAUUCCUUAAUGGAGAGAAUGGUCUCUUCAAAUUCAAUCUUUAAUAAUUAUGAUAACUUUAGAUCUGGUUCAUAUUUAUCCGAUUCUCCUUCCAUGACUUGUUUAAUUAAUGCUGCAACUAUUGAUGAAUUAAAUGCUUGUACAUAUAUUGCAGCAAAUGUUGCUUAA